GCUGUGCUUCGACCAUCGCUUGCUCAGCGAGGUCCCCGGCAACACAAUGCCCAUCACACACAAGACACAGGCACCAAUCAGCCGAUCAUCCAUCCAUCCAUCCACAACGCGGGCGUCCGCGCGCACAGAGUGGUCCGCUCUUCGCCCCGCCAGCUUCCGUGGCUCAGCCGAUCAGCCUUUCUUCUGUCUCUUCUUCCGCUGCUCGUACUCAGCAUUGAAGCUCGCCGACGCCUGGGCCAGCAAGUCGGUGCUCUUGAUGCGCUUCUGAGAAGACACACACACCGACCGACCGACCCACAUGCACACAGCGACGGGCGGGUUUGUCUCGUUUGUGUGGCGUGACGCCCACCUGCGCCCUCCUCUUCUCCCUCUCGGCCUCGCUGCCUGUCAGCCCGAUGGCACGUUUGGACAGUCGGUCCUCCUUGGCUUGCCUAGGGAGGGGAGAAAGGCAACACAGACAGACACAGACACCGACACACAGAGACGUACACAGACACAGGCGCAUGGCUGUGUGCAGUGUGCCCACUUGUUCUUGUCGGUGAGCUUCUGCUGCCUGUCGAUUGCCUCGUGCAGCGUCAUCCGACCCUCACCCUAUACGAACCAACACGGCGCACACACGACGCAUGGCGAUAUCGGUGCCAAGUGAGAGAGAGACCCUGUGCACCCAUACCAGUUUGCCCUUGACUGCCUGUUUUCGCCUCCGCUUCUUUGCACCCCGCAGCGCCUUCCGCUCCUCCCGACUCAUCUCGUGCGAUGCCUGAACACACACACACACACACCGUAGACCAUGAACGAAAGCAUCUGACGCUCAAUGCGUGUAUGCAUGACUACGCACCUUUUCUGGUUCGGGUGCCUUGACCUCCUCGGGGGCCUUUCGCUGAGCAUCAGACAUUGUCACGGGCCUGCACACACACACACACACACCCUCAAUCGCAUGAAUCUAUGGAUCAGACAGGCUUUGUUCUUCCUUGUUGUGUGUGCACACGUACACUGUGUCUUCGACAGUGAUGGCGGCGAUGUCCCUGUUGUGGCCGUCGCCGUGCUUGGGGGGCCGGGGAACGAAGUGCUGGUUGGUCAGGGAGUCCAGCUGGUGCACAAGCUUGGCGAACAGACGGGCCAACUCCUGAUACACCCAUGCAUCGCGACACACUCAUGUGUGGUACCAUGAGGAAUGAGCGGCCCCUUACCUGUUUUGACUUGUCUUCUUCCGUUUCCGCCUUGUGUCCUGCAAAAAGACACCGACAAGGCGUCCCAUCGAACGUGUGCAGCGAGUCAUCGUGUACAUGUGUGGCUUUGCAUCCCACCGAGCAGCUCAGCUUCGUACUGGCGCGAGUAGAUCUCACCAAGACCCACCUGACAGACACGAGAAGGCAGUCGUGCAGCGCAUAUGACUUUCCCCCAUUCUCCCUAAUUGGCUCACUCUGCUCUUUUGGAAGUCGAGGGUCUCCUCGGCGUUCUCCUCUGGUGCACGAGCUGCUGGUGGGGCCUCCACCCUGACGGACGCACGCGCAGUGUGGAGAGGGAGAUAGAUGGAUGACGCGCUGCCCUGUGUGCGGAAUUCUGUGUUUUGUACUUUCUGACGACGUCGUCGAAGGCGAGGUCCUGGAUGCGCUGACGGAUGAUCUUCUCUAUGAUCCCCGAUAUGCUGAGGAAACGAAUAACAACACAACCCCGUCACCAUGAUUCAAGGACGGCCAGCUUAGCCAGCUUUGUUCGGUGUCUUACUCUGUCUUUUGCAGCGCCUCCUGGGCCACAUCGAGGUUCUCCUGCACACACACACACACACAGGCACAGGGCCGGUAUGUACGCGCAUCGAAUGACUUCGUGUGCGGUGCCGUGCGAUGUGGUGCUUCCUGACUCCGAGUGUGUCAGGCAUGGCGGCCAUCUCGGCGCUCUGGGGCGCCGCAUACUGAGGCAGCUCCAGAUUGAUGUCAAGCAGACUGACACACACACACACACACACAGAGAACCAUAACAAAUGAGAGGAUUGGGUCUCUGUCUGUCUGUCUGUCCGUCCGUCCUUGGCCGCGUACCUGUCCCUCGGUCUCUGUUUAGCCUGCACCUCGCCCGUCAUUGUCCAGUGCUUCGGCGCCAGCGCGUCAUCCUCCAACUCAUCUACAGACAGCAACAUGUCGGUGGGUGGGGUUUGGAGCUUCUCUGUUUGUCUUUGCCGUCUGUUUGUUCGUACCCACCCACCUACCAAUCAUGGCUUGGAGUUUCUUGUACCGCUCGUCCAGCUCCAGCAGGCUGCCCUUCUUGGCGCCUGGCUUGGGCUCGACUGUCUGUGCUGCCUCAGCGCCCCCCUCUUGCUCCUCCUCGGGUAUGGUGUCGUCAUCAUCCUCCUCGUCGUCGACGCCAGCCUCCGCCUCGUCUCUCGUCGCUUGGGCAGAUGAGUCCUCAUCUGCCUCGGCCUCUUGGGCAUCAUCGUCGCCGUCGUCAGCCGCUAGGUCGUCUUGUGGUUGCUCGUCACUGUCGUCGCCCUGCCCGCUCUCAUCGUCAUCUUCCUCCUCACCCUCACCCUCGUCGCUUUGCUGUUGGUCGGUCUCGCUUUGGUCUUGUUCAGCAUCGUUGAGGAGUUCUUGCUGCAUCUUGGCGAUGAGGUCGACCUCUUCACCCUCCUCCAGCUCCAUCUCAUCGUCGUCAUCAUCGUCGUCCUCCAUCGACAAGACUGACACGCAAACAGACACACGGAUGGACAGACCAUUGACAUACCGUGUUUCCUGCUCACUCACCGUUUGUCUUCUGCGCCAUCUUGUCUGCCUUGUCGGACUUCUCGAAGUAGUCACGGUACUUGGUCGACUCAUUCUCGGCCUCGCCGCCGUCCUGAGGUCACAGACAGGGAGAAGAUCAUAGGCUCGCUGCAGCGGUGUCUGUCUGUCUGUCUGUCUCACACAGACCUGUGUCGGGGCGUACAGGAGGUCUUGCAGCUCUUCGUCCACAUCAGCAUCACCUGCCUCGUCGUCAUCCAGCGCACCUCCCUGACGGACGACACACAAAGAAGUCAGAACAGACAGUGGUGUCGGGUGUUGCUGGCCAGGUGCGUCUGUCGUUGCUUUCUCACCUGUUCUUCUCUCUUUUUGCGCGCCGCUUCGGCCCUCUCAGCCUGCUGCACAAACUCCUCCAUCUGAGAAAAGAACACACAGCCAUCGACAAGAAGUGAUGCAUAACACGCCGCUAUGCGCUUUUUGUGCCCAAUGCACUCCUUCACCUCAGCAAGUUUGAAGAGGUGGUCAUCCACGACGCUCCCCUUGCCGUGCUUGGCCGACCCCCUCCCACGUCCCGAUGCCGCCCUGCUGUCACCUGACGACAGCAUGCGCUCCAGCCUCUCGUCCUCUUCGUCUUCCUCCUCGGCAUCGUCUGGGUUGAUGUCAUCCUGCUGUUCGUCGUGUGUCUGCCGCCGCCUUUGUCUCUUGCUGACAAGUUGCCCCUCCCUUGUGUGAUUGUCUCCUCGACUGCUGUGUGGCCCCCGAGCCCUUUCGCGGGCUUCCACACUCAGCAGCGAUAGUGGCACCCCAUCGCUGGCAUCGUCGGCUCCCUUGUCGAUCGCACCGUUGGUCGCUGUGGCCCUCUUGUGGUGCAGCAGCUUGGCCACCCUCUUGGUCAGCUGCUGCAGCGCGCCUUGAUGCUGCAGACAUACGACACGGAACAAAAAGAUGGAUCGAGGAUCGAUGGAAGGCUAUGCAAGUGGUGCUAAUCUGCGCGGCCCACCUUUGAGUCGAUUUGCUCCCACACCUGUUCCGGCUCAAAGCCAUCAAUGUGCAGCUCGGUGCCCUUGUGCGCGCCGCCAGGUUGAUCUGACCAAGGCGCAUGGACAUUCACUGAAGCAAGCAACACAAGCAGCACAAGAAUCACAAGCAUCACAGCCCUGCGACAGGCAUGGCAAGACGAUGGAUCUCACUGACCCUGUCGGUUGAAGAAUCUGGCACACUUGAGGGCCUCUCCUGUGAGAUGGGCGUCGGCGGACACCACCUUCUCGGGGUGCUUCAGCACCUGACAUAACCAUAUCCCAUCCAACGAUGGAUGAAUCAAAGCAUGUCCACUCAUUGUGUCUGAUCUCAGUGGGCCAUUCCCACCUUGUCCACGAGCUCUCCCAGAUCAGGGCACUCACUGGACGCACCAAAACUCAUCUUCGCGUUUCAGAAGCGAGAAGCUCCAGACAAGUCACACAACGCCACAGAUCACUGUCUGGCUGACCACAGAUCCCAUUGCC